AUGUCCUCUCCAACCAAGAAGACGAAGAGCAAACGUGGAAGUCUCUCCAAUGUCUUCGAAGGACUUGACAUCAAACCCGCCUCUCCCUAUCCACAUCCGCCGUCUACUAGAAUCAACCUUGCCAAGUCCAUCCGCCACUACAUGCAAUCAACUCUUCGCUUUGGACAAGGAACUGUUUCUCCUCGCAGUUUAAGUAAAAUGCAAUCUCGGUUUACGAUUUGCAUGGACGAAGCCUACGAUUACAAGAUUGGCACACAAGACUUCGACCCGGACACCAUUUUUCCUGAGAUUAUCACCCUCGGCAAUCAACUCUCCGCCCUUUUACAAAAGCAACUCACACCCCUGCAAGAAAGUGAGUUCGAAAAUCACGUCCUCCAUUGCCUUGCCACUAUAGUGUACGGAUCCAACAUGAUCGAGCGCGCUGGAAGCGGUUCCAAAAUCACACUCAAGCUUUGCAUGGCAAUCUUCCGCGGGGAGGAAAUACCAGAGGACAUUGGAGAAACGGAGGAAGAGUUCUUAGAGUUAAAAAAAGAGCUUCUACGCAAGAAUAUGCCAGCAAACGUCUCCGCAGUUUUACGAAGUCGCCGUGAAAUCGUUCAACAUGCCAAGGCUGCCUCGUAUAUGAUUAGUCAACUCUGCGUUUAUGAUAAAGAUCUUAGUGAAGAGAUCAUCCUCCAGACUCAUAAAAUUCUUACGCACAAAGUCGACGCUGAAAGCACUCCCUGGGAAGAAUACAGUGGUGUCUAUCGUACGGAUGAAGUUUCUGCGGGCCUCCAUCCGUUUCCUCAUCACAGCCUUGUGCCUUACAAAAUGAAAGCAAUGGUCCGCGAACUCCAGUCUGACAUGAGAGAAGUCAUUGCUAAGGGAACGAUUGACCCUAUCGCCAUUGCUUCGAAAUAUACUCACAUCUUUAUCAAUAUUCAUCCUUUCAUCGACGGCAAUGGACGUACGUGUCGUCUGAUCUUGAACUCGAUACUCCUUAAGCUUGGCAGUUUUCUUGUAUGCAUCGGCGAGAAGGAAGAGGACCGCUCCCUUUACAUGGAAGUCGCUAGCAAUGGAGGGGCACUGGAGGAUAUGUAUGGAGAUCUUGAUGACGAAGAGAGACCAGUUAUGCACAGGGAGCUAGGAAGUUUUGUUAUGUCACAUGUCAAAGAGAGGAUGCGCAAGCUGGUUUCUAUGCUUUCGUAA